AUGCACCUCUCUUGGCUCUCUUCCGUUGCUUUGCUUAUCCAAGUGUCAGCAGCAUGGACUCUCCCACAGUUCGUCCUCGCUGACCCUGACAAACCUACAUGUCAUUGCAAUCUUGGAACCGAUGGCGCGGAAUAUAUUUGUGGAGAUUCACGUCUUGGGCCCGUCGACUUGCCGAAAGAGCUCAUUCUGGGUACCGUCAUGUCAAGAUACGACCGUUUUGGGACGCUCACGCCAGUUGGAUUCAUCAAUCAAUGGUGGAACGUCUCGGAAAAUGAAGGCAAGGGUGGUUGGGACUACCCUAAACAAGGUGGGUUCUUGUUGGAUGAGAGAGAUAUUCCCGUCAAGGCCAAUAUGACACUUCCAGUGGGAACUCUAGUGGAUCGUUUCGGGAAAGAGUCCGGGAAAUAUCUUACUCUGGCUGCUACACCUUUCUCGCAACGAUCCCUUGCUCCAGAUUCGUUGAACACGCAUAACGGGAACUUUACAUACGGCUACCAUGUGUACAAUGUCACCAAGAAUUUCAUAGUAGAGGCGGGCCCAAUCGCACCGGCUUUCGGUCAGCCAGGUCUUGGAACGCAGUUCUGGACUGGGGGUCCGGGAUUGAACCUCAGUGUUAGCAAGCUGCUGGACGAAGGUUACUUGGAAUUCAUCGCAUCAACGCAGUUGGAUAUUGUCAAGAUAGGUUGCGGGCAAUAG